GGGGCGGAGCUGUUGGAGGGGGCUCCUCCGCGCGGGGGGCCGUUGGCUCUGGACAAAUAAACAUGGAGUCCAUCUUCCACGAGAAACAAGAAGGCUCACUUUGUGCUCAGCAUUGCCUGAACAAUCUCUUGCAAGGAGAGUAUUUCAGCCCUGUGGAAUUAUCUUCCAUUGCACACCAGCUAGAUGAGGAGGAAAGAAUGCGGAUGGCAGAAGGAGGAGUGACUAGCGAAGACUACCGCACAUUUCUGCAGCAGCCUUCUGGAAAUAUGGAUGACAGUGGCUUUUUCUCUAUUCAAGUUAUAAGCAAUGCCUUGAAAGUUUGGGGUUUAGAACUAAUCCUCUUCAACAGUCCAGAGUACCAGAGGCUUGGGAUUGAGCCGAUAAAUGAAAGAUCAUUUAUAUGCAAUUAUAAAGAACACUGGUUUACUGUUAGGAAAUUAGGAAAACAGUGGUUUAACUUGAAUUCUUUGUUGACGGGUCCAGAAUUAAUAUCAGACACAUACCUCGCACUUUUCUUGGCUCAGUUACAGCAAGAAGGUUAUUCUAUAUUUGUUGUUAAGGGUGAUCUGCCAGAUUGUGAAGCUGACCAACUUUUGCAGAUGAUCAGGGUCCAGCAGAUGCAUCGACCAAAACUUAUUGGAGAAGAAUUAGCACAACUGAAAGAGCAGAGUAUCCUUAAAGCAGACCUGGAACGAGUCCUAGCAGUCACCGAUGGUCCAGGAAUGUUAGAUGAAGAUGAGGAGGAGCUACAAAGGGCUCUGGCGCUCAGUCGUCAGGAAGUUGACAUGGAGGACGAAGAAGCAGAUCUCCGCAGGGCCAUUCAGCUCAGUAUACAAGGUGGUUCCAGAAAUGUAUCUCAUGAUAUUCCACAGACAUCAAGUACAACUCUUACAUCAGAAGAGCUGCGGAAGAGAAGAGAGGCCUACUUUGAAAAGCGUUUUCAAUAUAUAUUCACUUCUGAAUGUUCCAGGCAGCAGCAGCAGGAGGUGGUUCCACCUGGGCAGCUUUCAUAUCCAUGUGAAAGACCGACCACAAGUUCAGGAGGACUCAGGAAUGAUCAAGCAGGUAAUGCUAUGAGCGAAGAAGACAUGCUUCGGGCUGCUGUGACCAUGUCUUUAGAAACUGUUAAAGAUAACUUGAAAGCAGAAGGAAAAAAAUAAUACCUUUCAAAACUCAUUUUGAUACUCAUUACUUUCUAACACUGUCCUGUGUGAUUACAACAUAGGGUCCAUUUUUGGUAACGUGUCAAAGAGAUCAGUGUUUACCAGAGGAAAUCAGACACUUCAGGGGUUUGUAAACAAAUGAGCAGAAACUCAGAAAAUGUAUUAGUCAUAGGACUAAAUAAUGAAACAAAUACGCCAAAGAGGCAGUCAGCAAUUAAAUUUAAAGUAGUUUUCUAAAUGUCCCUUUUUGUUUUUCAAGUGUGCAAUAUCUAACAUGUCUAAAAUUAGGGCAUUUUCCUUAACUCUCUUUACAGACCACCUGUUCAGCUCUUACCACAGGGCUUGUGGAUAGUUUUGUUUUCAUUUUCUCUCUCCUGUUGCGGGUGGUUGGCUCUCUUCAUAGUCUAAUCAUUUCUUCCAUUUCCUAUUGAUCAUACUAACCUUUUGUGGAAAUGUCUCUUGUCUUUUUCCAGAAAGAUAAACCCAUCUCCCCAAGUCUAUAAUUCGGUGCUCGGAUACCCUCUUGUGUUAUUUUCUCUGGUCACAGUUUCUGUGCUUCAUGGUUUCAUUAUUUUUCCGCAACUCUUUUCAAACAUGGUAAUCUAUUCUGAGGUUUUACUUUUUAAGCCCUCGCUAAUGGGGACAUUAUUUCCUAACUUUGAUGCAUUCCUCAACUCUGAAAUCAGCUCUACUCAAGUACUUGGGAAUAAAUGAGCUUGUUUUUUUAAUGUGUGAGCAUGUGCUUUCCUAGAUGCUUUGUGAAUGUCUUUUCGGUCCUGUCAGACCUUACUUUUGUAACCCUUUCCUGCGCCUUACUGUUUCCUUCUCUAGUUGAGAAAAGGAGAAGCUAGUAUGCAAGCUGAUUUCCUUCUAAGACUUAACAUAUGCACCCACCAUGAAUGUAUGGCAGGAGCAGUUCGGCCUUCGGUGUUAGUGGCAGGUUCAUCUUAUUCUAUGACUGCAGCUUUGUUUUCUGUGUACAGCUGAGUCCUGGAAUGUAGAUCUUCACAUUUUCUAGUAGACUGUAGCCUGCCAGAGAUGGCGGUCUGGAACAUGAAAAUAAUUUACUAAUGAAAAUAUAUUAAAAUUUAUACCCUUGCAUCUUUAAAGAGCUUAAGAAUUGUAGAGGUCACAGUACUUAAAGGGUCUGUAAAUAAGAAAAUCCUUAGUUUUGAUAAACAUUCUUUAAUUGGGAUGCACAGGGAGUGUCUUGCUGGGACAGUACAUUGGUAUGAUUUUUGUGAAAAUUAGCCAUGUGUCUAACAAAGGUGUCAUAGAUUCUGUCAUCUGCUCUCCAUUCCUCACUCCCCAGCCCGUUUGAAGCCCUUUUGAAUGUUGAAUUGUACAUAAGGUAGAAUUCAAGAAGCAGUUUUGGCUGACAGCCUAGGAAAGUAAAGUCUGGUGACUUGCUCUACUGGUCCGUGCUGCUACGCACGUUUAUCAGGGAAGGUUUUUGAUGUAGGAUUUAUUGUUAACUAACUGAAAAACAUAAAAAUAUUUUUUUAUUUAUGAUUAUGAAAUACUUUUUCUUGGGUAGAACAGAUUUCUUUUCUUUUUCUUUCUUUUUUUUUUGGCAGUGCUAGGGAUUGAAGCCAGGGCCUCCUGUGAGCUAAGCAAGCUCUCUACCUCUGAGCUUCAUCCCUAGCUCUGCAGCAGAGUUUUUCUUUUAGUCAUCAAUUUGUGCAAUUAAAGAUUUUUGGAGUUUUCCUUACACAAAAUUAAGCAGUUUUAUUUUAAAAUCUAUAGUUUUCUUUAAAUAAUUGAAAGGGUUUCAGAAGAAUUGUGAAACUUUAGGGUGUUGGAACUAGAAAUCUUCCCUAAAGAUUCACAAAGUUAAAUGUCUGGAGACUGAACAUUUAUGUAAUUAUCCUAGUGUACUAGUCAUACUAUCCAUGGACAUUGAACGUGACC